CCUGGACUAAUACCGUUUAUUUGUCUUCUUGUGGGCAUCGCUUGCUAUCCAAGGAUGAGGAUCCCUUUUCUAUUUGUCACCAGAAGCUGUAAGGCUGUUCACAGACUGCAACAAAGCUCAUUUCUCUCUCCAGUUUCAGCUUUAUCGAGUCAUCAGAGGAUUGCUGUGUUGAGAAACACGAGCACCCAUUUCUGCAAAGAAGACAGGAGUUACUACAUUACCACUCCCAUCUUCUAUGUCAAUGCUUCUCCACAUUUAGGACACUUGUAUUCUGCUGUGAUUGCGGACUGCUUACACAGGUAUAAGCUACUUCAUGGCUUCAACUCAAAGUUUGCAACAGGCACAGAUGAACAUGGCUUGAAAAUCCAACAAGCUGCUGAAGCUGCAGGAAAAGAUACCCUGACUUUCUGCACUGAUGUGUCUGAGAGAUUCAGACAUCUCUUCAACAGCUGCAACAUAUCAUAUACAGACUACAUAAGAACCACUGAGCAUUCACACUGUCAGGCUGUAAAGCAUUUCUGGGCAGUACUUUGCAACAAAGGGCUCAUCUACAAGGGAAGUUAUGAAGGCUGGUACUCCACCCAAGAUGAAAGCUUCCUAACGCCGUCGCAGGUGGGCGAUGCUUGGGACUCAUCAGGGAAGGAGAUCAAAGUAUCCCUGGAGAGUGGCCACAAGGUGGAGUGGAUGAAAGAGGAGAACUACAUGUUCCGCCUGUCUGCGUUCCGGUUUCAGCUGCUUGACUGGCUCAGAGGAAAUCCCGGGGCCAUAAAGCCGGUGCGUUUCUACCAGGCUGUCCUCCAGUGGCUGCAGGAGGACCUUCCUGACCUGUCAGUCUCCCGCCAGAGAAGCCGCCUUCAGUGGGGCAUCCCAGUCCCGGGUGACGCGGAACAAACCAUCUAUGUGUGGCUAGAUGCUCUGGUGAACUACCUUACAGUAGCUGGCUAUCCAGAUAAACACAGCCAAUGGUGGAAUGUGGCCCACCACAUUGUCGGAAAGGACAUCUUAAAAUUUCACGCCAUCUACUGGCCAGCUUUUCUUCUAGGAGCUGGACUCCCGCUGCCACAGACAAUAUAUGUGCACUCUCACUGGACAGUAGGAGGAAAGAAGAUGUCUAAAAGUUUGGGUAAUGUGGUGGAUCCUCUUGAACGCUCACAGAUGUUCACAACUGAUGGUAUGAGGUACUUUCUUCUGCGUCAGGGUGUUCCAGACUCAGACUGUGAUUACACAGAUAACAAAGUUAUGAAGCUGCUCAAUGCAGAGCUCGCUGACUCUCUGGGUGGUCUGCUGAAUCGCUGCACAGCUCCAGCUCUUAACCCAGCUCAGGUCUACCCCUCUUUCUGCCGUCAGUGCUUGCCAAGUCAACAUGGAGGCCGGGCUGUGGUUGAAGACUACCAAAUGUUGGAUGCUGUGAAAAACCUCCCUGCUGUGGUGGAGCAGCACUAUGAAAGCAUGCAUGUAUACAAAGCUCUGGAGGCCAUCAGUGCCUGUGUGAGGCAGACCAAUGGGUUUGUUCAGCGCCAUGCACCUUGGAAGCUGGAUAGGAUGGACAGUAAAGACCAGCACUGGCUAGACACAAUCAUACAUGUCUCCCUUGAAUGCCUGAGGAUUUAUGGCACACUCCUCCAGCCAAUAGUGCCAGAGAUUUCUAACAAGUUGCUGUGCAGACUAGGGGUGCAACCAGACGAGAGGAGCUGGGCGGAUGUGAAUUUCCUGCCAAGGUAUCAAGGAAUGGACUGUCCCUUUGAAGGGAGAGCGCUAGGAUCGGACUCUGGAUUGCUUUUUAGUCGCUUGGAAAGUCAGAAUAUAGAUAAACAAAAACCUAAGAAAACAAAAAAGGCAGAACAUUUGAAAUGAGGAAGUUUUUGUUUUGUGUACAGAUUGUGCUUUACUGACAUCUUUUUCCUUCUGUUAGUUUUGCUGUAAACUGUCAGGGUAUUAACAGUGAUGUACUUUGCCUUAUAAAGUCAAGUCAAAAUGUCUGCAUAGAAAAAGGCCUAUUGCAGAAAGGUUGCAGUCAGUAAUGCCAUGCUAAAUUGAAACAGACUGAAAGUAUAAGUGUUAAAGUUGUUUGAUCACUACAGUAAUUAGUCUGAGGAAAAAAACGCCAGUCACAUCUCAACAGAAAAUGUAAACGUUACUCAAAACACAAGCAACUAAAAUUUAGCAUUAGGAGACUUUGACCAUGCCACUUGAAGCUGAUGUUUGGGAUUUAUUUUGCACCACAGCAGCCUUGUUUGGGGAUCAAAGGAUUUGCGCUAUUACUUGCUCAUUAAAGAUUUCAUUGACAGUUUUUAAAAUACAGUAUACAGGCAGCCAACACAAGUACAAGACAUAAAAACUGACAUGAUUUUUUAAUGAGAAAUACACGAAACUGAAAAAUUGUACAAAUUGAAAUAAAAUAAAAAAAUUGCAUUAUUCUUAUAA